UUAACUAUUUUUUCUAAUAAAUGUAAACAAUGUUGCUAUUAAAGUAUUACACGUUUGUUGCAUUAUGUUGUAUUAUAUUGACUGAUGUAAUUUCUGGAUGUUGUAUUAAUUUUGGCAGCUCAUCUUCGAAAAGAAAAAAUAAAAGAAUAACUCCUGCAAGUGAUUCUAAAGCAAAAGAUAAGGAUUCACUUUUCUACAAAGCUUUACACACCAUUGAUUUAAAUUCUGAAAAUUAUAUUCAAAAAGUUAUAAAACAAUUACAAACUAAACAUAAAAAUGAAUUUGAAUUUUUGCCAGUCAACAAUAAUUGGCAAAUUAAAAAAUGCGAGGAAUUGAAAUUUAAAUUUCAAGAAUGUGUUAAUCAAAAGCCUCACAAGUCCCGAAAUGUUCCAAUAAAUCCAGUGGAGAUACCAGGUGACGGAAAUUGUUUCUUCAGCGCUCUUUCUUAUUGGAUAAGUGGUUCAAUCGAAUAUGGUUCAAAAUUGCGAUUUUUGAUAGUCGACUUUAUGACACAUUCCGAUUCAUUUAAACUAAUGACAAAGGACGACGAACGAAAUGCCCGAAUUUUAAAAAUGUACAAUACAUCUGAGUUCGCAGAAUCUCCUGAAAUAGCUGCAGCAGCUGAAUUUUUAAACACAUCAAUAUAUAUUUACACUUUAUAUCCUGUGGAUGGAUGGCACUUCAUUAGCAAAAAUUUAGUGACAAACGAAGACGAAAAUGAAGAAUGCAUAUACUUGAUUAAUUAUAAUGAACAUUAUAAUGUUGUUAUAGAAGUGGAUCCAGAAAAUAAAAGUCGUAGUCCUGAAGAUAUAAAAGAAUUCAUUAAAAAUAUAAGAACAAAAAAAAAAUCCAAAAAGCGACCACCUAGAGAAGCUCGUAAUCACAAUGAAUUAGAAGAAUACAUUAAAAAAUUUGAGACUAAAAUAGAUGAUGAAAUAAAACAAAAGAAAAAAGAAAAAGAAGAAGAAACUUAUUCUUUAAUUAUGGAUUUACUUGAUCGUAUUGAUGAUAAUUGUAAUUCUAAAUGAUUAAAUUACAUUAAAAAAAUAAUAAUGAUAGAUUUUAUUUUAUAUAAAUAAACCAUAUUAGUUAUAUUAAUUAAAAUGAUAAAAUACUUGUUAACAGUUAAGUUAGAAGUAAAAAAAAGUGUAUCUCAUAAAAA